AAGUUCACACUUUCAGUGCCUUCCUUGUUCAUUUCAUACUGUCUUGUAGUGUUGUUCACCGUUCACUGCCUCAACGGUGACUGAACUGAAAAGCAACAAGAGCUCAGAAUCUCUCCACAGAAACGCAGAAAUCUCUUGCAAAUUCGCCCAUGGCGUCCUCUAAGGUUGUCACUGCCAAUACAGAUCUGCCAUAUCAGUCUUCAUAUUCCUGCUCUCUUUCUUCCACUCUCGCUGAUCUCUCCAAGAUCUCUCCUUCCAUGAGCAUGGACGAUCUCCUCAAGCUCAUCAACCCUCCCUUCCAACCCGAACCCGACUCUUCUGCAAAUGCCCGAUCCGAAGCCGUCGGUUUGAUUCCCCGCCAGGAGAGCUUCUCGCUUCCGAGGGAAAUGGCCGCCAGGACGGUGGACGAGGUGUGGAAAGAGAUCGUGGAGGGGAGUAAUCAGAUGCCGGUGGGCUCAGGGGAGGAAGGUCCAGAGGAGGAGAUUACUCUGGAGGAUUUCUUGUCUAAGGCUGGAGCUGUCAGGGAGGAGGAUGUCGGAGGCGUUCCCGCCGUUGCGGUGGGUGCCGACGGUGGAAGCCACUGGGCGGGCGCCACGGCUUUCAACGGCGUUGGUGGUGGUGGUGGUGGAUUUCCAGCGCCCUCCGUGCCGGCGUUUGAAAACGGAAUCGAGGGGUCGGUUGUCGCAGGAGUAGCCAUGGAAUCUUCGAGAAGGGGAAAGAGGAGGGUUCAACAGGAACCCAUCAUGGACAGGGCCUUGCUUCAGAAACAGAGAAGAAUGAUAAAAAACAGAGAGUCCGCUGCUAGGUCCAGAGAACGCAAGCAGGCUUACACAUCUGAGCUAGAGGCUAUGGUAUCACAACUGGAGAAAGAGAACGCGCAGUUACGAAAGGCAGAGGCUGAUAGAAACAUGAGAGGUUCAGGCAGCUCAUGGCGUACCUGAUUCCAGUUGAGGAGAAGCGUAGCCCUAAGAGACGAAGCCUGCAUCGGAGGGUGAAUUCAGUUCAAUGGUGACGGUAUGUGUUGUUUUUAUGGGCAUCUGUGUAUAGUAAUCAAAAGGAGCAGGAUAGAGUUUUAGAUACAACAAGGGAAAGAAGAAUGAAAAGGGGGGAAGUAGUUUCAGGUUUUUCAGAUUACCUUUGCUCUAGGUAUACAUAUGUGUGUGUGUGUGUGUGUGGUAGGAUCAGUUGGGGUUUAUCUUGCAUAGAGGAAAUAGCAUCAGCCAAACAAUGCAAAGUAAUUUGAUUUAAGCUGUGAAGGUAUAUACUGUAGUCUACAUAGAUCCUCUUCUUGUAGAAGAUCUUUGAUUCUGCUGGGUUAUAGGGAAAAAGGCCUCUUGAAAGUUGUAAUAAGGACUAAUUAAGAAGAAUGGAUAUAUAGUGUUUUAGCCGCCA